UAUACUCUAUACCAUUUUACCAAACCCUUAUUAUUUUCUCUCUCUCCCUUCUCAACCCCAACUAUACAAGUCUUCAAAUUCACUCCUAAUUCUCACCCAUGUCAAAUUCUGACGCACCCAAUAACGGUCUUGCGAAUGGCUCCAUAGUUGAUCCUCAGAGGCAGCAGCCGCCCGGCAACGGCGCUCUCGCCGUCAAGAAGCCGCCCUCCAAGGACCGUCACAGCAAGGUCGAUGGUCGAGGCCGGAGGAUCCGGAUGCCCAUCAUUUGCGCCGCCAGAGUCUUCCAGCUCACUCGCGAGUUGGGUCACAAAUCCGACGGUCAAACCAUCGAGUGGCUCCUCCGUCAAGCCGAGCCAUCUAUAAUAGCUGCCACUGGAACAGGAACCACUCCCGCUAGUUUCUCCACCGUAUCUGUAUCCGUCCGCGGCAGCAACUCUACUUCCUUGUCAUCUUCCUCCACUUCCUCUUCCAUCUCAUCGUCUCUCGAUCACAAGCCUUUGCUGGGACCCGCUCCCUUCAUUCUCGGGAAACGUGUAAGAACGGAGGAUGAUGCCGGCGGAAAAGACGACGGCGGUGUCACUGUGGGACCCACUGUGGGGUCCAUAGUAGGUCCUACUACUCCUGGAGGUUUCUGGGCGUUGCCGGCGAGGCCUGAUUUUGGGCAGGUUUGGAGCUUUGCCGCGGCUGCUCCUCCACCCGAGAUGGUAAUGCAGCCGGGGGGCGCGGCCGCCGUGUCGCAACAGCAGACGUUGUUUGUUCAGCAGCAGCAGCACGCGGCGGCCGCGGCGGCAGCGGUGGCUGCCAUGGGAGAGGCGUCGGCAGCGCGGGUAGGGAAUUAUCUGCCGGGGCAUCUCAACUUACUGGCUUCAUUAUCAGGCGGUCCAGGGAGUUCGGGGCGGAGAGAGGAAGAUCCGCGUUGAAUUUGAUGUGGGUGCGAGUUUGGUGGAGGUGAUGUCGUCGUGGAGACUACUUGGGUAUAUAGUUAUAGACUAUGAUAUAUAUGCGUACGUUUGUCAUUGCUUUGUGUUGCGUGCGAGGAUGGAGGAGGUAAUUUGUAGUGGAAGUUAGGGUUAGUGUUAGAGCUUUGAGAAAUUUCAAGCAUGGAUGAAUGAAUUCAAUUAGGGUUUUUAGUACUUGGGUUGAUGAUUAAUUAGGGGUUAGGUACUCUUUUUGGAGGUUUUGUGGGAGAGGAGAGAGGGAGUUUCAGAAUUAAUAGCGUUGCAGAAUGUGUGUAGUGUAUAUUGCUUGUGUUGGUAUUAUAGAAUUUAAUUUUGUAUUCUUCAACCAAAUGGGUGAGUGGUUGCUUACUCAGAAAAGAAGAAGAAGAAGAAGAAGAAGAAGCCAUGGAAGGUUUCUUGUCCAUGUUGUUAUGUGUUUGUAUUAGUACCUAAUUGGGUGUAUAGAUAUACGACAAGUGAAGACACAAGCAAUUUGACUCGUACCAAAGCUUUCUUGAUUCAUGAUCUUGAAGCAGCCAAAAAAUGGAGUUUGUGAUGUGUGAUUGUGCUUAGAUUUUGCUGGAAGCUGAGAACAGCUAUCAGUUAUGGUGUCUGAGAAUUCUAAUUGGUAUCCUGCAAUAUGGGAGUUCUUUUUUCUUCAA